CAGAUAACUAUCUGAUUGUAAGCGCACAGGUAGCUUGCUGCGUUAUCUGUGCAAGUGAUUACGUGUCCUUUUUGUAAUGCAAUCUUGGGGUGUGUUUUGUUUAAAAUAACUGUAUUGUGUGUUAUGGAACAAAAAAGGUUAUAAAGGAAGAUAUGAAUCUCAAGCACAUUCAAGCCUCAGAACAAUGAUGGACAACAUAUCAGCUGCCACUAUGUCUUAUCUGUACAUGGCGCCAUGUCCUCCGCCGUUCCUCUCUGCUAAUGAAUUCCAACAACACGCUUAUAGUCGUAAUCUUUCUACAGACAUUGUGCUUGCUCUGAUGGUAAUUUGCCACAUACCCCCUGAUCUCAGCACGACUGAAAGCACAACAUCGUAUCGCCCUACUACUCCGUCAGAUGUGAAACCCACAACUCAAUCGAAUCGUCCUUCUUCAACACCAUAUGUUUUAACAACAGUUUCAUGGAUUUUUAUUACUACAACAGACAACAGCGCGCCUACCGAGAAGCUAACAUGGAUAAUUCUGAUAGUUAUUUUCAUGGCUAUGGCUGUUGCUGCUCUAGUUUUCAGACAAAAAAGGAAAGAAUCCCGUUUAGACCUAUCGACUCAAGAUCAUAACGAUUCUUCAGAUGUGGUCACUUCUACUACCUCAGAACGAUCACAAUACAAUGGGAAUGAAUCUUCGGGGAUACGCCGUUACAGCAUAAACACAAUUGAAAAUUUAACAGUUGAAAAGACCAACAGUUCUAUAGAAAAGCCACCAGGCCAUACAGGCCUUGAUCACGUUACUAAUACAAAUGAAGACAGUACAGAAACUAAAGAUACUACUUGUAAAUACGUUGAAACUACACACUUUUGAAUACGUUUAUAUUCAACUUAAGUAUAAAGGUGUUUAGGUCAACGCAAAUUAGAUGACAUUUAGUAUAUGUGAAAGCUAAUAACGCAGUUCAGAUUGUUUCGCAAAUAUAAUAAAACGAUACUACGAAA